GCUCCCUACUUGACGUACAAUGGAUGACGGCGAUAGAACAAUAAUUAUCCUCGCGCUAGGUGGCUCCUUGGGGGAGGUCGGAGCUGCGAGUGCGAGGAAGCGGACGAGGGCGGUGGCGUCGGGUGAUAACGAGGCUGAUUGUGAUACCUCAGACACUUCUCCUCAUUUAACCUCCUUAAUACAUCUCCGGCUCCUUCACCCGCGCCGCCUGUCACGCUCCACCAGCAGAAUACAAGUCCCUGCGUGCCGGGAGAUGCAGAAGGCGCCGCUGGAGACUCCUGCUGGAGAAUUAAAGAAGAAAACGUCGGCAGGUGAGGGUGGGAGGAGACGGCGGACCACACACGUCGGUACAUCGUCCGCACCGCCCUUGGACACCGGCUUCGAUUUGCCCUCCGUGUCCCUCUCGUGGCGGGACGCGGUGGCCAUCAGCGAGGGUCGGCGCGGCACCUUCACCUUCAGCGUCCCAGGCGUGGCAGGAGGGACGAAGACACCCUGGAGACAGCCAGUCUUUGUGUGUCGCCGCCUCGGAGUCUCAGCAAGGAAGGGUUGGCUGGCUGGCUGGGUUGCCUUCUUGCUGGUGACGAACGGGUUAGCGCUGCGCCCACGGGAUCACUGCGCGGUAUAUUGAAGGGAGAAAAAGGAGCCGAGUAACCCAUCCUUGGAGAAAAAGGAGGACAGAUAGACAGACAGACAGAUGGACGGACAGAACAGACAGCUGAGUGGGCCGUCAGCUGUCCACGCCACGAAGCACAGGGCGAUAAAGCAACAGCUGGCGUCUCUACAUAGAACCAAAGAACCUAGAAGUCAAAGAACCAGGGAACCACCGCCUCAAUAUUCAAUUUAUCGGUCCUCCCCUUCGCCGGGAUCUCCUCUACGCAGUGUGGCUGAGGUGCGGGACUCCCUAAGAUGGCAGAGGGGACGGCACCUGGAGCGAGGCUUUGAGGAGUGACAGAGGUCCUGCCUCCAGAGCAACAAGGUUGGAAUCCACCACCACAGCCUCAGCACCUGCAGGAGAACCUCUUCCAUCCUCGAUGCUGCCUCCAGAGGGAUGGGGCCGCACAGGAGCAACUGCAUGGUCAAAGCCUUUCACACGGGGCCGGUUUUCUGACCCAACUUGUGCUGGUGCCUCAAAGUGGACGCAGUGGAAAACCUGAAGCAAAACAGCAUGUUGGAUCCACUGCCAGGAGGAGAGCCAGUAGGCCUGUCCCAGCUGCACACAGAUGGAACCAGAGCCCAGCUGGUGGCAGGUGUAGCCAGAGUCCCAGUCGUAGUGGUGGAUGUCCCCAUUGAGGAGGUUGUUGCGCGAACGACUCACUCCCUCCAGCACCAGUGCACUCUUGGUCACCAGCGCCACGUUCUCCCGUGGAACUGAAACAUGGCAUAAAAAUUGACCAUACUGACCUUGUAUCAAUACCUGUCUGAAAAUUACUUAUUACUGUCCUUACAUCAAUACUUGUCUGAAAACAAUCUAAUAAAAAAUUGGAGCUAAUUUUAUACCAAAUGGAGAGAUUAGGAACAAAAGAAAAUGGAGAUAGUUGGGAACAAUAAAAAAUAAACCUUAGUGGCAACAA